GCCCAACUUGUUUGUUUCUAAACAAGGAAAAUGACAAAGGAAUCAACUUAUACUUUUGAAGUUCACGCUCCUUCACCUCCUAUUAUUAUUCCUGCCAGGAAGCCUAGUUCACAUAUUUCGGCUUCUGUAGCCCCUUCAGGAAUGUCACCAAUUACGGGGAAUCCAAUUCUUGUCAAUAAAUUAUCAACACUUCCUUCUCAGCCUUCUUCAAAAAACUCUAGUCCGGAUUUAACAUCUUUGUCGUCUUCACCUUUGCCAUUAAAUCCAAUAACGAAUAAAACCAAUAACAUAACAAAUACUUCUUUAGCCCCUUCUCCACGCUAUUCCUCGUCAUAUUCUUCACCUUCUUCCUCUACUACGCAUUUAAUGAAGAAGGGUUUUCAUUCCACGACAAGACUUCCAGAUACAAUUAGUACCAAUAAAGAAGAGCCUGAGCAGAUAGAAAAUUUUCCUGAAAAACUAAAAAGAAAUACAAUGAAAAGAUCUUUAAGUUAUUCAAAAGAGCCUCAUAGUUUAUAUUUUACUCCAACUUUUGUCCGAAAUCCCUUUAACGAUUGUGAAAUAUUUUCAAUAGAAUUAGACGAAUCAAGUUCAAAAAGGACAAACAGUUCUAAUUCCCUCAAUGAAUCAAAUACAUCUGGUUCAUUAAAAGAAAAAGAAAUGGAACGACAUGAUGAUACAAAAUUAAACGAUUGGGAUAUAAUUGAAUUCCAAUUAUUAGCAUUGGACAAUUUCAGGAAUUGGAUGUUAUGUUUUUGUGUAAUUAAUUUCGAUUUAGAAUUGGGGCAGGCAAUGGAUUUAAUGUAUCCACCUUUAGAGUUGACAGAUGAUGAAAAGAAAAAUAUUUGUUUUUCUGCAUUCCCCGAUUCGAAUUCAUUUGACGUGGGAGAUACAGUAUUUAAUUUUCGUAUAAGAUGUUCACAAUCUGGAUUGGUUUCUUCAGGUUAGUCAUAAAAAUUAAUUCAUUUGUUAUGUAUGAAUUUGGCAUUGUUUCAAAAUACGAGCAUAUUAGCGCUGGAAAAGUUCAUUUUAACAGCUGCAUAAUAAAUUUAU